AUGCCCCACCAAUACCCAGCACUCACCCCGGAGCAGAAGAAGGAGCUCUGUGACAUCGCUCACCGGAUUGUGGCUCCGGGCAAGGGCAUCCUGGCUGCAGAUGAGUCCACCGGGAGCAUCGCCAAGAGACUGCAGUCCAUUGGUACCGAGAACACGGAGGAGAACCGGCGCUUCUACCGCCAACUGCUGCUGACCGCCGACGACCGCGUGAAUCCCUGCAUCGGGGGCGUCAUCCUCUUCCAUGAGACGCUCUACCAGAAGGCCGAUGAUGGGCGUCCCUUCCCCCAAGUUAUCAAAGCCAAGGGCGGCGUCGUGGGCAUCAAGGUAGACAAAGGUGUGGUACCCCUGGCAGGAACAAAUGGCGAGACAACCACCCAAGGGCUGGAUGGGCUGUCGGAGCGCUGUGCCCAGUAUAAGAAGGACGGAGCUGACUUUGCCAAGUGGCGUUGUGUGCUGAAGAUCGGGGAACACACCCCUUCCUCCCUCGCCAUCAUGGAAAACGCCAACGUCCUGGCCCGUUAUGCCAGCAUCUGCCAGCAGAAUGGCAUUGUGCCCAUCGUGGAGCCGGAGAUCCUUCCUGAUGGGGACCAUGACUUGAAACGCUGUCAGUAUGUAACUGAGAAGGUGCUGGCUGCUGUCUACAAGGCUCUGAGUGACCAUCACAUCUACCUGGAAGGCACCUUGCUGAAGCCCAAUAUGGUAACCCCAGGCCACGCCUGCACCCAGAAAUAUUCUCACGAGGAGAUUGCCAUGGCAACUGUCACGGCGCUGCGCCGCACAGUGCCCCCUGCUGUCCCUGGGAUCACCUUCCUAUCCGGAGGCCAGAGUGAGGAGGAGGCGUCCAUCAACCUCAACGCCAUCAACAAGUGCCCCCUGCUGAAGCCGUGGGCCCUGACCUUCUCUUAUGGCCGAGCCCUGCAGGCCUCUGCCCUGAAGGCCUGGGGUGGAAAGAAGGAGAACCUGAAGGCUGCCCAGGAAGAAUAUGUCAAGCGAGCCCUGGCCAACAGCCUUGCCUGCCAAGGAAAGUACACCCCAAGUGGUAAGGCAGGGGCUGCAGCCAGCGAGUCCCUCUUCAUCUCUAACCACGCCUACUAA